UGUUUCCUUCUUCGCCUGCUAAAGGGCUGCACGAGGCGGCCUCAGCUUCCCCGCCUGCGACUUCCUGCCCGCCUCCAGCCAGAGCAGGGGCGAAAACAGUCCUUCCCUCUCUCUCUUUCGGUUCCCGCCCCAGCGAGGGGAGGCGGCCCGGCUACUCCUCCUGCUCCGUCGCCGCUGGGAGUCCCAGAGCAGGGCGGCGUCGGCUGGGGAGCCGCCAUGGCGCUGCUACUGCUGCCGGAGCCUCUGAGCGCGACGCAGCUGCGGCGCCUGGAGCAGCACCGCUACAACGCGUCCGGGCGCUCGCUGCUGGAGCCGCCGCUGCAGCGCUAUUGGGCCUGGCUGGUGGAGCGCACGCCGCUCUGGCUGGCUCCCAACGCCAUCACCCUGGGCGGCCUCGUCCUCAACCUGCUCCCCACGCUCGCGCUCAUCGCCUACUGCCCCAGCGCCCACCAAGAGGCUCCUCCUUGGGUGUUCCUCUCAUGUGCAUUAGGACUAUUUGCUUACCAGUCACUGGAUGCUAUUGAUGGGAAGCAAGCCAGAAGAACCAAUAGCAGCUCUCCUUUGGGAGAACUCUUCGACCAUGGCUGUGAUUCUAUUUCUACAGUUUUCAUUGGUAUUGGAGCCUGCUUAGCAGUUCGGCUAGGAACAAACCCAGACUGGCUGUUCUUCUGUUGCUUUAUUGGAAUGUUCCUGUUUUAUUGUGCCCACUGGCAAACCUAUGUUUGUGGCAUGCUAAAGUUUGGCAAAGUCGAUGUAACUGAAGUACAGAUAGCCGUAAUUAUACUCUUUUUGAUAUCUGCAUUUGGUGGAACAACAUUGUGGGAUACUAAGCUUCCUGUGCUGGAUCUAAGACUGAAGAUGAUUCCUGUUGCAGGAAUAGUGGGUGGCGCAAUAUUUUCCAGUUACAAUUAUUUCAGAGUAAUAUUUGGAGGAGGCGUGGGGAAGAAUGGCUCUACAAUAGCAGGAACAAGUGUUCUGUCACCAGGCCUGCAUAUAGGGUUGGUUAUUACUUUGGCAAUAAUGAUCUAUAAAAAAUCUACAACGCAACUAUUUGAAAAGCAUCCUUGCCUCUAUGUCUUAACAUUUGGAUUUGUGAGUGCCAAAAUCACACAAAAGUUGGUGAUUGCACACAUGACCAAAAGUGAAAUCUUCCUACAAGAUACUGCAUUUAUUGGGCCUGGCCUCUUAUUUCUAGACCAGUACUUCAACAGUUUUAUCGAUGAAUAUAUCAUUCUGUGGAUAGCACUGUUCACAUCCUUGAUUGAUUUACUGAGAUACUCCACUGGGUUAUGCAAACAGAUUGCGGCUCACCUUCACAUACACGUCUUCAAAAUCUCAUCUCAUCAAGCUCCUGAACAGACAGAAAUGCAUGAAAACCUAAUGUACUUGGCAGCUAACUGAACUCGUAAGAAACAGCCAAAUACGGAUUUCUUAGAAGGUAGUGUGGUGUUGGUUCAUUAUACAGGGGCAGUAACUGUAUAAAAUACUGCAGAAAUUAUCCAUUCUACAUUUCACUGCUUUUGAACUAGAGUCUUAGUUGAGUAUUUUUUUAUAUAUAUUUAAGGCAGGCACCCCCAAACUGGGGCCCUCCAGAUGUUUUGGCCUACAACUCCCAUGAUCCCUAGCUAACAGGACCAGUGGCCAGGGAUGAUGGGAAUUGUAGUCCAAAACAUCUGGAGGGCCGAAGUUUGGGGAUGCCUGAUUUAAGGGCUAAAACUACUGAGUUGUCAUCUUGUAUCAAAGUCUUAGGAGUGUGUCUUUCAUAUUAACUAUAUUUUUAAGAGUUUCUGAUACUGGUUAAAGGGGGAAAAAAUAAGGAAUUUAACCAUAAAUUAGUUGUCAAGGUUAAAAUUGUGGCAUAAUUUAUCUUGCAGUAGUGUUUAAAUUCUUAAGCAUUUGAAUUCUUUGCUUAAGCAGGGAGAAUCAUAAUUAUACUUAUUUCUUUCGCUUACAGUAUAAAUAUUUGUGAAUUGAUACUAAGAAUUUGGCCUGUGGGCAGGAUUAAACAUUGUUAUUGAGCACAGAAUGAGGUCUGCUUCCACACCAGGACCACCACCACCACCCCGGCCCUCAUUGCACUGUAAAUCUGUUCUGGAUGCUUGCAUGCGGGUGCGGAGAAGCUGGCGGAAAGUCCUGUUGUGUGAUUGGACCUCGUUCCCCAUGCACAUACCCCACUUAGCACUAUGUUGAAUUCCACCCUGUAUUUUU